AACCUUCUUAGAGAGAGAGAGAGAGAGUUCACUGAGGUACACUCCUCUUCAAUGGCGUCGUCCCUUCCGUUCAUGAGGGACGCCAUUGUCCAAAGAAAUGCAUUUCUUCAUGAAGCUUUCCCUUCGGUUCCCUUUCCCCCUGGAGAUGCUCGGAAACGGUUGGGGUUUGGGCUGGCGAUGGAUCAUUGUAAAAGGUUUUUGGGAUUGAGAGCUGUUAGGAUCUUGGAUUGGAAUGAUGGUAUUAUGCCCUUUGAUGAUCCUGCUCUCUCUAAUUUUAAGAUUGCAGAAAGACUAAGAGAAUGCAGAGAAAAUAAUGGAAUAAAGCAACAUUAUAUGGCUAUGUAUACUAGUAUUUUUGGUGGAAUUACUACUGAUCCUGCAGCUAAGGUGAACCGUAAAGAAGGUCAAUUUGCUGAUAAAGAGUGUGACACAUCUCAUACUGCUUCUGUAAUUAAUGGAUUCCCGUAUGAGUUAGAGCACCGAUAUUUCGAUCGCUUGUCGUUUGAACUCUCAACCAUGACAAACACCCUCAUUAAAUUCAGCUUACCAUUGUUAACUGGCUGCACUAUGCCUGCCAAUGUAAUAAUGUCGUUGAUUUGGAUGAAGUUGAUGGAAUUUGCCAUGAUGAAAACCAUACUCACUGCUCUUUUCAAGAUGGAAACUGAAGAAAACCGGGCAUUUGUGGGGAUUUGGUCGGAAGGUGAACAAUAUGUUGACAAACAAAUUAAGACGAAUUCCCAGUCCCAUAUAUUCAUGGCCAGGGAGCUGUUGUCAUCUCAUUUUGAGAAUAUCCUCAGUAGUUGUACAACAAAAAUGUCAGCUCUGGUUGCACAACUUGGAAGAAUUAAACUAGUGAAUACCUCGUUAGAGACAUGGAACAAUGAAGGUGAGGUGAUGCUUAUGGGCAAUAGAAUUCCUCGGGAUCCUGUCUUGCCUAGCGAGAAUGAUGAUAAUAUUAGUGAAGCUCUUGCAGGUGAAGACAUUGCUAUGGCUCGAUCAGAAUAUGAUGUAGAAUAUGAUGAUGACGAUGAUUGUGAGGAUGACGAUGAUGAUGAUGAGGAGGAUGAUUGCGAGGAUGAGGAUGAUGAUGAUGAUGAAGAUGAUGAUGAUUGUGAGGAUGAGGAUGACGAUGAUGACGAUGACGACGAUGAAUGUGAGUGUGAGGAUGAAGAUGACGAUGACGAUGAUGACGAAGAAGAUUGUGUAUCACUCGUUCCUGAGUCGUUGUACAAGCCAAAUUGGAGUCAGAGUGAAUCAUCUCAAGUUCAUUCAGUGGCUCCAUCUAAAUAAAAACACUACUACUUUUUUUUUCAUCUUUUCAUGUAUUGUUUGUUUGGAUUUUACAUGCAGUGUUGUUUGAUUGAAAUUAGUGUUUGUUGUUGAAGAACUUUGAGUUCACAAUGUAUUAACUCAGAUCAAAUAGAAGAAUGAUACCUCAUACUAGAUUUUGAGAUUGACAAUCUUAUAAAUGUGUGUAUGUAA